AUGGCCGUUCGCGGUUCAUCUGGGGGUGCUGAGCCUGAGCGUGUGGAGCCUGGGGGUGCUAAGCCUGGGGGUACUGCGUCUUGGGGUGCUGAGCCUGCGCGUGCUGAGUCUGGAGGUUCUCCGGGUGUCCCAUUGCGGCGGGAGCCCCUCUCUCCGCAGCGGCUUCGUGAGUGGUACACUCGGCGCUGUCGCCGUGCUACUGGUGCUGCUGGUGCUGGAGCUUCUGGAGGUGCUGCUGGUGCUGGAGCUGCUGCUGGUGCUGGAGCUGCUGGAGGUGCUGCUGGUGCUGGAGAUGCUGGAGGUGCUGCUGGUGCUGGAGCUGCUAGAGGUGCUGCUGGUGUUGGAGCUGCUGGAGGCGCUGCUGGUGCUGGAGCCGCUGGUCCUGGAGGUGCUCAUACUGGAGGUACUGGAGCUGCUGGGGCUGGUGGUGCUGCAGGCGUUGGCGCUGCAGGUGCUAGAGCUGGUGGUGCUGCGGGAGUUGUAGCUGGAGACCUUGAGGGUACUGGUGCUGUCUCUGCUGUUCCUGGAGGCGCUGCGAGGCCGCGGCCGUACUACGUUCCGCUCCUUCAGCAGGUUCAUGGUCUACAGCCGUACUAG